GAGGGGCGGAGCCGGCGGGGUUGUUUGCACUGCAAAGCCCGAGUGGGCGCUUCCCGCCGCUGGGCUGGCGACAGGUUAUCCAUCCUCGUGGAGCCCGUCAGGCCCGGUUUUCCAGAGGGAGGUGGCGUUUCUCUCGUCCUGAGGAGGGUGACGCGACAGGUGGGACGCCCACAAUGUCAGGAGAGUCGUGACCCCGGCCUCCAGGCUUCUUAGCGUCCUGGCCUCCGUGAGGUGACUGAGCUUGCACACCACAUAUAUUCAAGAGCUGAAGGAGGCCAGAAGCUGUUGUUGAAUCUCUUGAAACUAGAGUUACAGGAGCUGGGAACUGAACCCAGGUCCUCUGUAAGAGCAACAAAGUGCCCUUAAACAGUGAUCUACCCUUCUAGUCUUAAACCUCCACAAUUGACGGUCUUCCUGCUCUCACCGGACAUGAAUAAAAUGCUUCCUACAGUUCCAGCCACAGCUGUCCGGCUUUCCUGUUUCAGUUGUAAAAGACUUUUUCAGGACGGACAGACAGCUUUUCAGAGGAAAGGGUCUACUGAGCUUUUCUGCUCUAGACUAUGCAUCGAUGGGCACCCUUCACCUGCUGUGUCCCCAGCUCCUCUCAAAAGGAUGUGCUUAAACUGCUCAAGAGACAUUUUAAAUCUAAAGGAUAUGAAGAGUGUCCGGUUGGAGGAUAGUAGUUGUAACAAAAACUUUUGUAGCCAAUCUUGUCUUACAUCAUAUGAAGAAAAAAGAAAGCCAUGUGUUACCGUAUAUACUGAUAGCACUUUGCCUAAGUGCAUCAUAUGUCAGAAGACAUCUACUAAACCACCCAGAAUACUUAGAUCUUUUCCUUGCAAAUCACUGAAGCUGUCAGAUGAGAUGAUUGUGAUUGCUAAUGACGUGGGGAACUUAGAGGUUUACUGCUCCGUUUGUUUUUCUUCAUACAACAGUGCUGUGAUGGAAUCCUCUUCAGUUAAUGUAUCCAUGGUACACAGUGCUUCAAAAGAGAACCUCUGUCCAAAGAAAUAUCCAGUUAUAAGCAAUAUAAUGUCACUAGUAAACAAUCGUGUUGACCUGGUUGUGAAUGCUGAUCUCUUACAAGCUACACUUUCUUCUGCACCUACAAAUGUCAUUGUGAAUAACUCAGCCAGUGAGUCCAGCAGUGGUGUUGCUAAUAGUGCGGGCCAGCCAAGCCUCCUCCCAUCUUGCUCAGUUCUCUGUGAGGACACAGCUGCUCCCAUUGAGGAAGUACAGAACAACAGUGAGACAAACCAGGAUCCUACACACAGCACAAAAUCCACGAAAGGAAAUGAAGGGCCGUGUCUCUCAAAGUCUACAUCCAUAAAACAAAAAAUUAAAAAAGAGCCUCCGCCUCCUGGAGAGUCUUGGAGCCCAGGUCUCCAGCAUCUGCAUCCUAGCACUGCGAACGAUAUCGCAUUCUGCUAUUCUUGCUACUUGUUCUUCCAGAAAAAAUUUAGCUGUCAGAAAGAAACUUUUGCAACCCAAGGAACUGCUGACUGGGAGAAAAUGCUGGAAACUUUCAGAAAGCAUGAAGAAAGUGAAGUGCACUUAAAGUCCUUGCAGUUUUGGAGGCAGUACCAGUUUCUGGAUGCUGUUCCACAUGACAAUUCAUCUGUUCAUUCAAAACAGAUUGAAGGAAACAAAAAGUACCUGAAGCUCAUCAUUGAGAACAUUUUAUUUCUUGGAAAACAGUGCUUGCUCUUAAAAGGAAAUGAACAAUCUAUUUCAUCUAUUAAUAAAGGCAAUUUUUUGGAAUUACUAGAAAUUAGAGCAAGAGAUAAAGGAGAAGUGUUUCAGCUUAUGAGUUCACACGUUGACUUCUAUAGUAGUACACUUGUCCAGGAGGAGAUUAUUGAAAUAAUAAAGGGUGAAAUGUUGCAAGAAAUUGUGAGUGAGAUCAACGCCUCCUCAGCCUUUUCAAUAAUCUGUGAGGAGGUAGCUGGUAGUACCACUGAGAGGCAGCUUUCUGUGUGUGUGAGGUACCCGCAAAAAACACCAAGUGCUGUCUUGGUUAAAGAAAGAUUCCUGGGGUUUGUUACUGCCGAGGAGGUGACUGGGGCCCACGUGCACAGGCGUAUCAAAGCUUACCUACAGCAGGUUGGAGUUGAUUUUAAUAAAAUAUGUGGCCAAGCCUAUGAUAGUGCCACAAAUUUUAGGGUAAAAUUGAAUGAAGUUGUAACAGAAUUCAAGAAGGAAGAGCCAAGAGUUCUUUAUGUGCAUUGUCAUGCACAUUGUUUCGAGUUAGCGGUGAUUAGCUUUUGUAAGGAGGUGAAGGAGCUCCGCAGUGCACUAAACACUCUCAGCUCUUUGUUCAACACUGUUCGCUUGUCUGGAGAAAUGUUGGGAAGUUUGCAAACCAUGUGUAAGCUAAGUCUGAAUAAAACUUGUAAGAAACACAGGUCACAGUCGUGUUGGCCAGCCCACGACCAUUUGUUACUGGCUGUGACAGACUGCCUUCCAGAGAUCAUAGAGAUGCUGGAGUCUAUGUCGCACCGUUCCUCAGGCACCGCUGUGGCUGCUGAGCUAGAUGAUUUGUUGGCGAUGGUUACCAAGUUUGAAUUUAUAUUUUGUUUGAAAUUUCUUUAUCGAGUACUCAGUAUCACAGGGAUUCUUUCUAGAGAGUUUCAAAGUGAAACGGUUGACAUCUUUUCUUUGUUUUCAAAAAUAGAAGCAAUUUUGGAAUGUUUAUCUUCUGAAAGGAAUGAUAUAUAUUUUAAAACUAUCUGGGAUGGAGCAGAUGAAGUAUGUAAAAAGAUAACAAGCAAAGGUUUUGAUGUUGAGAAACCCUCUUUUCAAAAAAGAAGAAAAAUUCAAAGAACAGUAGAUCCCGGCAACUCAGAGCAUGUGGUUUCUCCUACUUCAGCAGAUGAACAAUAUAAAGUUAAUAUUUACUACCAAGGUCUGGAUACUAUAUUAAAAAAUUUAAAGUUAUAUUUUUCAGAGUUUGACUAUUGCAAAAUGAGACAAAUUUCAGAGCUGUUAUUUAAGUGGAAUGAGCCAUUAAAUGAAGCAACGGCCAAGCACAUCCAGGAGUUCUAUAAGCUUGAAGCAGACAUUAUCCCUGAGCUCCGGUUUUACCGGCAGUAUGCAAGUCUCAACUUUGUCACAGAGAAUGGUUCCCUAAGUCUCAUUGACCUGGGCUGUUUGUUUACUCAGCAUGGUCUUCACAAUAAUAUUCCUUGUAUCACGAAACUGUUGCAUAUUGCUUUGUCUUGGCCAAUUACUUCAGCAAAUAAUGAGAAGUCAUUUUCCACACUGCCUCAUCUUAAAACAUACUUACUUCGUACCAUGGGACAAGAGAAACUUAGUAGCCUUGCUCUGAUAGCUGUUGAGCAGGAACUGGUAAAUAAAUUGAUGGAACCUGAAAGACUGGGGGGAAUUGUCGAAAAAUUCAUUAGUCAAAUGAAAGAUACAUAAGACAAACUUGCAACUUUGAGCUUAAUUAAAAGAGUUCUGUGGUUUUAUUAGAAUCCUAA